AUGAUUGAAGAAAUUAUAAUUAUAGGAAGUGGUCCUGCAGCCUAUUCUGCUGCCAUUUACACAAAAAAAUUUAAUCCUAUAAUUUUAAGAGGCGGGAUGGUAGGAAGUAUAGGACCAGGAGGACAGUUAACUACUACUACUUUUGUAGAUAAUUAUCCUGGAUUUCCUACAGGAGUACAAGGUCCUGAAUUAAUGGAUAUUAUGUAUGAACAAGCUAAAACUUUUAACUUACGACAAAUUGACAGAACAGUUAUAAAUAUCCAAAAAAAUAAUAAUAUUUUUUAUGUGUACACUAAACGUGACAUUUAUAAAGCAAAAUGUCUUAUUAUAGCCACUGGUGCAUCAGCGAAGAGAUUGUACGUAGAAGGAACUAAUGACAAUGAAUUAUGGCAAAAGGGAAUUAGUGCAUGUGCUGUCUGUGAUGGAUAUUUUUACAAAGAUAAAAUAGCAUGUGUAAUAGGAGGAGGAGACUCUGCUAUGGAAGAAGUCUUAUUUUUAUCUAAAAUAUGUUCUAAAGUUUAUUUAAUUCAUCGAAGAAAUGAAUUUAGAAGCAGGAAGGAUAAAUUAGAAGAAGUAAAGAAGACAAAAAAUAUAGUUAUAGUUACACCAUAUAAUCUAAAAUCUGCCCAUGGAAUUGAUAAAUUAGAAUAUAUUAUCCUUGAAAAUGGGGCAGAAACUAAAAAAUUAGAAGUAGAUGGAUUGUUCUUUGGUAUCGGUCAUACACCUAAUACUCAAUUUUUAGAAGAAAAUUUUUUACAUGUUUUAGACAAAGAUAAGUUUAUUAAAGUAAACGAGGAUUGUACGACUGCGGAAAAAGGACUAUUUGCUUGUGGUGAUGUGUUUGAUAAAGUUUAUCGGCAAGCAGUGACCGCAGCUUCUAGUGGAUGUAUUGCGGGAUUAAAUGCCGCCAAAUUUUUAAAAGAUUAA